UAUUAUGUUACCCAUCUGGUAUCUAGAGAUUAAAUGUUUUCUUGUUCUGAUUGUUGUACCAUUCUUGUGCAGUUUUAUGACAAGUUCAACAUACGUCAUAAUAUUGCUGAACUUUUGGAGUACUUGUGGCAGAUUGCCAAAAAAGAGAAGGGAGUGUAUUUGAACUUUCUGAACUUCCUGGUCAGCGAAAGUAUAUUUCUUCUAGCCGAAAGUCUAAACAGAAUUCUGGAACUGAAAGAGAUAGAAAAAGAGAUGGCUAAUACCGUGGAAUGGGAAAGAAGAUCAGCUCAAGAGAGGCAAAAAACAACCCGACAGUUCCAUUCUCAAGAGAAUAUCAUCCUAAUUGGCGAUGGAAGAUGUAGGCAUGCUAGCACUUACUUCAGAACAGAUUACAAUGCCUUUUCUUCUUCCAGAGAUAGCCCUCAACGGAAAUCUCCUACUCUAAAGGGCCCUAAGAAGUACGAGUUCCAUCCAAAGAUACUGCUUAAGCGGGACCUCAAAAUUGAUCCUAGUGAUGCAGUUGUACUACCUCAUAGGAGUUUGUGUUAUGUCUACUGA